AUGGCCUUGCCAAGGUUAAGCUGGCGACCAUUGUUUGAUCUCAGUGACGCUAUUCCAGAGAACGUCCAAGAGCAGUUCAAGUCAAAUACUCUCAGGCUAUAUCUGGAGAGCCUCCUGAUUAAGAAGAUGGCUGUUCUUCUAGACUAUGUUAUUUAUAUAACUUAUGAUUUGCACGGUAUGACCACCCUGGCGCUCUUUUCAAAUCCGGUGAUCCCAGAUUGUCCGACUGGCAAUUGCAUUCGCUCUCUUAUCAACUUGACCGAGACAAUUGAAGUACUCAUCAUGAUCAAGCGAGCUGGAGUCGAGUCGCACAAUGUUUAUGUUGGUGUAGCGGUUACGGACGGUCAUCCAAAAUGUCCAGCUCUAUUUGCCGCUGCCCACAGUGUAUAA